AACACAACAACAAAGGGAAAGCAAAAUAAAACAUCAAAUCCAUGGCCCUUCUGCUUCUGCUCUUAUCUGCUGCAUUUUAUUUAGCAGCAGCAGCUCAACAAACCUCCAACAACAUAAGCCUAGGCUCCUCAUUAACACCAACCGGCAAGUCUUCAUGGGUAUCACCCAAUGGGCAUUUCGCUUUCGGUUUCUAUCAGCAAGGCAGCAGUGGCUAUGCCGUCGGAAUAUUCGUAGCCGCCAUACCUGAGAGGACACCCGUCUGGACAGCCAACAGGGACACUACUCCCAUUUUCCCUAGCAACUCAACUUUGGUGUUGAAGAGCGAUGGAAGGCUAGUUGUGGAGGUAGGCCAAGGCCAAGGCCAAGAUAUCGAUAUUAUUGAUAAUGGUCUUCCUAUUACAUUAGCUUCCAUGUUAGACAGCGGGAAUUUCGUGGUUUACAGUUCUGAUGGGAUGAUGUGGCAGAGCUUUGAUAAUCCAACAAAUACCCUUUUGCCCGGACAGAGCCUUUCCAAUGGAAAAGAGCUGAUUUCCAGUGCUUCACAAAGCGAUGACACUUGUGGAAUUUUCCGUAUCAAGAUGCAAAGUGACGGAAACCUUGUUCAGUAUCCAAUCCAGACUACAGAUACUGGUGAAAAUGCUUACUGGGCAUCAAACACUGCUGGUCAAGGUAAUCAGAUUACGCUAAAUCUUGAGGAAGAUGCUUACCUCUACUUGAUCAAUUCUACCAGCAAUAUUAGUGUGGAUAACUUAACCACAGGAGGCUUUCCAAAGGAAAAAUAUAUUUACAUUGCAAAAUUAGAUGUGGAUGGUAUUUUCCGGCUGUAUUCACAUCCAUUGGGUCAUGGAAACUGGUCAGUUUUAUGGUCAACUACGGCAGAUAAAUGCGCCCCAAAAGGUAUCUGCGGGGUGAAUGCUUUUUGCACUACAAUGGACACUGAAUCUGAAUGCAGAUGUCUCCCGGGGUUCGAUUUUGUGAUUCCAGGCAACUGGAGUUCAGGAUGCAUUAGAAAUUUCACUGCAAUAAGCUGUCAUUCAACAGGUGGCGGCGAUAUUGAUUAUGAAAUGAGAGCAUUGGACAACACGGCGUGGCAAAGCAAUUCCUAUGCUGUGUUGAAAGCUUUGAGUAAAGAAGAGUGUGAGCAAGCCUGUUUGGAGGAUUGCAAUUGUGAUGCAGCACUGUUUAAAGAUAGGGAAUGCAGAAAAGAUAGGUUGCCCCUGAUAUAUGGAAGGAGAUCCAUGGGUGAUUCUAAUGCAGCUCUUAUUAAGGUUGGAUUGCCUAUUAGAGGAGGAGGUCCGGUUGAUCAUCCCACAGAAAGCAAAAAACAGCUGCACAUACACAUUUUAGCUAUCAGCAUUUCAUUAUUAGCUUUUGCUCUUCUGGCCUUGGUGAUCUCUGGGGUGCUGGUACACAGAAGCCGGGCUUGGAGAUAUAGAAAUAUCUCUGCUGAGAGCAGAGAUGACCAUUUCUUUGAAGAUGUUGGGCCCCGGGCUUUCACCUAUGCGGAAUUACAGCAGGUGACCAAUGAUUUCCAGGAAGAGAUUGGCAGAGGGGCAUUUGGGACAGUAUUCAAAGGAGUGCUAGCAGAAUGCCAGAAAUUAUUAGCUAUAAAGAGGCUAGAAAAAGUUUUGGAAGAAGGGGAAACAGAGUUCCAGAAUGAAAUGAAAGCUAUUGGAAAAACCCAUCAUCGUAAUUUAGUGAAGCUGCUGGGUUAUUGCAUAGAUGGACCUAAAAGGCUUCUGGUUUAUGAAUACAUGUGCAACGGAUCUCUGGCUGAUAUACUUUUCUCACCGGAGAAACAGCCAUGCUGGGAGGAGAGAAUUGGCAUUGCUCGAGACAUUGCAAGGGGCCUUCUGUAUUUACAUGAAGAGUGUGACACACAAAUCAUCCACUGUGAUAUAAAGCCUCAGAACAUACUCAUGGACAACCGGUUUGUAGCAAAGAUUUCAGACUUUGGAUUGGCAAAGCUUAUGAAGCAAGAUCAGAGCAGAACUUAUACUGUAGUUAGAGGAACAAAAGGCUACGUCGCACCAGAAUGGCACAGGAAGAUGGCAGUGACAGUAAAAGCAGAUGUAUACAGCUUUGGAAUAGUGCUGUUAGAGCUAAUCAGUCGACGAAAGAGUGUGGAUUGGAGCCUUUGUGACGAAGAAGCUGUUCUUGAAGAAUGGGUAUACAACUGCUUUGAGGCGGGUGAGGUAAGUAAAGUAGUUGGGGAAGAGGAAGUGGAGAAGAGACAAGUAGAGAGAAUGGUAAGAAUUAGCCUAUGGUGCAUCCAAGAAGAACCAUCACUCCGCCCUUCAAUGAAGAAAGUUUUACUAAUGCUAGAGGGGACAGUUGAUAUCCCUGUUCCUCCCAGUCCUACUUCAUUUCUUAGUGUUGUGUAAUUCAGACUUAACUAUCUCAAACUUUUAUGUUUUUUCCUUUUGCUAUUUGGAAUCUUUAAGUCCAUGUCUUUUAAUAUUGAAAUCAAAUCUAUACUAUAUAUAAAAAUAAUAUCCUCCUCCCAA